UCUAUCUGUGUCCCACUUUGGCCUUUUGUUUUGGCCUUUGCGUGUUUGGUUCUAUCCGCGUGAUUUAUUUCAUUGAUCUCUAAUUUGUGCUUGUCAAAAAAAAAAAAAAAAAAAACCAAGAAGAUAAUGGUAUAGCAGUCACAGAGACGGGCAGAGCAGUGCUGGUAGAGAACAACUGCAUACUCACAUGGAAUUCGUGGGGAUUGCCCAAAACAUAUAGAAAUCGCAUCCGGCAUUCCUAGAUCUCUAGGAUCUCAGAAUUUCAGGCUUAGAUGUUUGCUGCUUGAGUUCUCGAGAAAAUUCUCUUCCAUUUUGCUGUUUGUCUCGGCUCAUAUGGUGCUCGUUUCACUCAGUUUGAUUCAAAAUUCAGUGUUUCCGAGCUGGGUAUUUUGUGGCCAAGUUCUGUUAUCAUCUGGGUCUUUGGUAUCUUCAAGCUUUAACUGAUAGCAACUGAGUUUUGUUUGUGAGCAAAAAAGCUAAAUGACUUCCUGUUCUGGUAAUUGUGGGUCUUCUUUUCUGAUUCUGAGAUUUUUAUUUGGAUAAGGAAAGUAUUAAGAAGUAAGUUCAUUUGGGAAUGGCUUGUUUCGUUGUUGGUUAUGGUGGUUCUCAUCGGUGGGUACUAGUUGGGAGAAGAAAGUAAAGCAUUUUUUCCGAAACUGAGAAUACAGAAUGGAAAGAAGUAGUCUCAUGCUCUGGAAAGUAGGUCUGCUGGUUUUAGCAUUGAUCGAAACUUCUUCUGCGACGCUUUCUCCAACUGGUAUAAACUAUGAAGUUGUAGCUUUGAUGGCCAUAAAAACUGAUCUGAUUGAUCCGCAUAAUGUUCUGGAGAAUUGGGACAUUAAUUCUGUAGAUCCCUGUAGCUGGAGGAUGGUUACCUGUUCUGCCGAUGGCCAUGUUUCUGCUUUGGGAUUGCCAAGCCAGAGCUUGUCUGGUACCUUAUCGCCAAAGAUUGGAGACCUCACUAACUUGCAAUAUCUGUUGCUGCAGAACAAUGCCAUUUCAGGUCCAAUUCCAACUACCAUUGGAAAGUUGGAGAAGCUUCAGAAACUAGAUCUCUCCAACAAUACAUUCAGUGGUGAAAUACCUAGUUCGUUGGGGGGCCUCAAGAACCUGAAUUAUCUGAGGUUAAACAACAACAGCCUUGCUGGACCCUGUCCCGAGUCUCUAUCCAAUAUUGAAGGUCUCACUCUCGUGGAUCUUUCUUUUAACAAUCUCAGUGGCAACUUGCCAAAAAUAUCAGCAAGAACAUUCAAAAUUAUCGGUAACCCUUUGAUUUGUGGGGCAAAGGCCGACAACAGUUGUUCUGCUGUCUUUCCAGAGCCACUGUCCUUCUCACCAGACGUUCUGAAAGGUCAAUCAGAUUCUGAAAGAAAAAGCCAUCAUGUGGCGAUUGCUUUUGGUUCAAGUUUUGGUUCUGUGUUUUUCAUCAUUCUUGUUGUUGGGUUAGUUGUUUGGUGGCGCUACAGACACAACCAGCAGAUUUUCUUCGAUGUAAAUGAUCAAUAUGACCCUGAGGUAUGCCUGGGCCAUUUGAGAAGGUAUACAUUCAAGGAGCUUCGUACUGCAACUGACCACUUCAGCUCAAAGAAUAUUCUAGGGAGAGGUGGUUUUGGGAUUGUAUACAAGGGAUGCUUGAAUGAUGGAACUCUGGUGGCAGUUAAAAGGCUAAAGGACUUUAAUGCAGCUGCUGGUGAAAUUCAAUUUCAGACAGAAGUUGAGAUGAUUAGUUUGGCCAUCCAUCGGAAUCUUCUCAGGCUUUGUGGGUUCUGCUCGACUGAGAAUGAGCGGCUCCUUGUUUACCCUUAUAUGCCCAAUGGAAGUGUAGCCUCUCGACUAAGAGAGCAUGUUCAUGGGCGGCCAGCUUUAGACUGGACAAUGCGGAAGAGAAUAGCUUUAGGUACAGCAAGGGGGCUAGUGUACUUGCAUGAGCAAUGUGACCCCAAAAUUAUCCACCGUGAUGUCAAAGCAGCAAAUAUUUUGCUGGAUGAAGACUUUGAGGCAGUUGUUGGAGAUUUUGGGCUGGCGAAGCUGUUGGAUCACAGAGAAUCUCACGUGACCACAGCUGUGCGUGGCACUGUUGGCCAUAUUGCUCCAGAAUACUUGUCAACAGGCCAGUCAUCAGAAAAGACUGAUGUCUUUGGCUUUGGGAUUUUGCUCCUAGAGCUAAUCACAGGUCAGAAGGCGUUAGAUUUUGGACGUUCGGCAAAUCAGAAAGGUGUAAUGCUUGAUUGGGUUAAGAAGCUCCACCAGGAGGGAAAACUAAAUCAAAUGGUAGACAAGGAUCUAAAGGGCAAAUUUGACAGGGUUGAGUUGGAAGAAAUUGUUCAGGUUGCCCUCUUAUGUACUCAAUUCAAUCCUUCUUGCCGCCCAAAAAUGUCGGACGUUCUAAAAAUGUUGGAAGGGGAUGGCUUAGCUGAGAAAUGGGAAGCCUCUCAGAAGGUCGAGACGCCAGGGUUUAGAUCUUGUGAAAACCCUCCUCAAAGAUAUUCAAAUUUUAUAGAAGAAUCUUCACUUGUGGUGGAAGCAAUGGAGCUGUCUGGCCCUAGGUAAUUUUUGUCCUUUUAUCCCCCCCAACCCUCCCCUCCUUCACCCCCAUCCCCAAAAAAAAAAAAAAAAAAA